CGGGGCAGCAUGGCAGCCUCCUUUCGGCUCCGGGGAGCUGCCUCCAGUCUCCACUACUGGAGCCUCCGGCAGCGGCCUGCUGCGGCUGGCCUUGCAGCGGUGUGUUCUAGGUCAAUGGCCUCUAAGACUCCAGUUGGAUUCAUAGGACUGGGCAACAUGGGGAAUCCAAUGGCAAAAAACCUGAUGGAGCACGGCUAUCCUCUCAUCGUUUGUGACGUCUUCCCCGAUGCCUGCAGAGAGUUUCAAGAUAAAGGUGAACAGGUAGUGUCUUCCCCCGCUGAUGUCGCCGAAAAAGCGGACAGAAUCAUUACAAUGCUUCCGACCAGUAUGAAUGCAAUAGAAGUUUAUUCUGGAGCAAAUGGAAUUCUAAAGAACGUGAAGAAAGGCUCCUUACUAAUAGAUUCCAGUACUAUUGAUCCAUCAAUUUCAAAAGAAUUGGCUAAGGAAGUUGAGAAAAUGGGAGCGGUUUUCAUGGAUGCCCCUGUGUCUGGUGGUGUGGGAGCUGCCCGAUCCGGGAACCUCACAUUUAUGGUGGGAGGAGUUGAAGAGGAAUUUGCUGCUGCCAAGGAGCUGCUGGGGUGCAUGGGCUCCAAUGUGUUGUACUGUGGAGCCGUUGGCACUGGGCAGGCUGCAAAGAUCUGCAACAACAUGCUACUAGCUAUUAGUAUGAUUGGAACUGCGGAAGCUAUGAAUCUUGGAAUCAGGCUAGGGCUUGACCCCAAACUGUUGGCUAAAAUCCUAAAUAUGAGCUCUGGACGGUGUUGGUCAAGUGACACUUACAAUCCUGUGCCUGGAGUGAUGGAUGGCGUGCCUGCGGCUAAUAACUACCAGGGUGGAUUUGGAACAACACUCAUGGCUAAGGAUCUGGGGCUAGCACAGGACUCUGCUACGGACACCAAGAGCCCGAUCCUUCUGGGCAGUCUGGCCCACCAGAUCUACCGGAUGAUGUGCGCCAAGGGCUACUCAAAGAAAGACUUCUCGUCUGUGUUCCAGUUUCUUCGGGAGGAGGAGACCCUCUGAGUUUGUCCUGCGGUGUGGACACUGUCGGAAACCAGACUGUAUCUUGGCACGUCUCCUUAUAGGUCACUCCAGAAGUAAAUGGGUUUAGUCAGAAGUCAAAUGUCUACUCUAAUUAUCUAGUAAAUCCUAGGACCCUCCCACCCUUUUUUAACUUCUGCUUCUUUUAGGAUAUUCAGCAAACAUAGUUAUCUGUAUUUCUUUUUCACUCAAGUCACUGAUGGGUUCUAUUGUAACUAGCUAAUUUGCCUAAAAGAACAAAAUCGAUCUCUGUUUAUAUUCAGCUAAAUCGUUGAGUACUUCAAUCAGGAUAUUAUCUACUUUAUAAAUAAAAUAUUUUUUCAAUCCAGUGAGAUUCAUCUUAAAGGAAAUCAACCGGUGUAAGGAAAGCUGGUAGAAGCAGGAAGUCAUGAGUUACUCUCGUAAGAAGUUCAUCCUGUUACUCUUCAGGCUUUUGUUGCUUUUGUGCGUUCUGAUGACACACUGACUUACUUUUGGACUUCAGAAGAAUGACUUCUUUGCACCUGCUCCAGAGCCAGUGAUGAUAUUUGCUUUAGGUAAACAUUCUAGAUAUAACCAUAUUGUUUUGAAUUCAAAUAAAUUUCUAUGCUGAUAAUA